AUGCAGGCCCAAUAUUUGAGCAAUGAUCCAUCUUACCUGAACUGCAAUAAGCAAGAAUGCAAGCUAUAUGGAGAAGACAAUAACUGCUCGAUACAAACCUGCAGUGGCUCUGUAACAUUCCAUUUUGUAAAUAUUAGAACUGAGUUGGAGUUUGUGUUCUUCACCGGUGGUUUUGAUACCCCUUGCAUACUCAAAAGAUCACAGCCAAUUGGCUUUGCAAACCCUAAUCAACCCUUAUAUGGUCAUCUUUCCAGUGUUGAUUCAACUGGAACAACUAUGAAGUUAACUUGGGUUAGUGGAGAUGGAAAACCCCAACAGGUUCAAUAUGCAGAUGGGAAUUCAGCAACCUCUGUGGUUACUACAUUUAAACCACAUGAUAUGUGCAGUGACCUAAGUCCAGCCAAAGAUUUUGGAUGGCAUGAUCCAGGAUAUAUCCAUUCAGCCAUAAUCUCUGGACUCCAACCUUCCUCUUCAUACUUCUACAAAUAUGGAAGUGACUCUGUUGGAUGGAGUAAAGAUAUAAAAUUCUCAACACCCCCAGCAGCUGGAGCAAGUGAAACUACAUUUUUGGCAUAUGGUGAUAUGGGAAAAGCUCCUAUAGAUCAAUCAGUUGAACACUACAUUCAGCCAGGAUCAAGAUCUGUAGUUGAAGCUCUGACUGAUGAAGUAGCAGCUGGUAAUAUUGAUUCAAUUUUACAUAUUGGAGACAUAAGUUAUGCAACUGGAUUUUUGGUCGAGUGGGAUUUCUUCCUUAAUCUUAUUACACCUGUUGCUGGUCAACUUUCCUACAUGACAGCCAUUGGUAAUCAUGAAAGGGACUAUCCAGACUCUGGAUCUGUAUAUGUAACACCAGACUCUGGUGGAGAGUGUGGUGUUGCUUAUGAGAGCUAUUUUCAAAUGCCAACAAGUGCAAAGGAUAAGCCAUGGUACUCUUUUGAACAAGCUACUGUUCACUUCACAGUUAUAUCUACAGAACAUGAUUGGAGUCAGAAUUCUGAACAGUAUAAUUGGAUUAAAAGCGAUUUAGCAUCUGUUGAUCGAACGAGGACUCCUUGGCUGAUUUUCACAGGGCACAGGCCAAUGUAUUCAUCUCAAGAUAGCAUUCUUCCCAGUGUAGAUUCAGAUUUUGUGGAAUCAGUUGAGCCACUCUUAAUGGAAAAUAAGGUGGACUUAGCAUUAUUUGGUCAUGUGCAUAACUAUGAAAGAACAUGUGCAGUUUAUAAAAAUCAGUGUAAAGAAAUGCCAAUAAAAGACAGUAAUGGAGUGGACAGUUAUAAUAACAAUGGUAAUUAUACAGCUCCAGUUCAUGUGGUCAUUGGAAUGGCAGGAUUCACUCUUGAUAUCUUUCCAAGCCAAGUUGACAAUGUUUGGAGCUUGGAGAGGAUUUCAGAAUUUGGUUACACAAAAGUGCAUGCAACAAAGGAAAAAUUAAGCUUUGAGUUUGUGAAUUCAAAAACAAGGGAGGUGCGAGAUAGCUUCUACAUCACCAAAGAGACAAACUAGUUGUGUGGGUGAAGGAAAUGUCAGCUUCAUAUUUUAUAUUUCUUGUACUAUAUGGUCAUAGAAAUAGUUGCAUUAGAAAUUUACUAUGUAAAAUGUGUACAACAAAGGAUCUCAUUCCAUUAUGAUGGCAUAGUUCAAGAUCAUUUUGUUUUGUAAAUGUAAUACAAUAUAUUUUUUAGUAAA